AUGAAUUUAUCAAAGUGGGCAAAUUUGUUGAUGUCAAAAGGGCAAACCUCUGUUAGUGCUGAACAUUUUAGAGAGGCAUUAUAUAAGUAUAGCCUUACACACAACUUUGGUUACCGGUAUGUAAAGAAUAAUAGGCAUAAGAUGAUUGUGAAGUGCUGUGUAGAUGGUUGUCCCUGGGAAAUUUCAGCAUAUGGUGUAGAUGAGAAGAAUGGAUUCCUAGUUGUGAGAAGAUUUAAUAGUGAACACUUGCAUUAUGCACAAGACAACUUAGUUGUCCCUCAGAGAAAGAGGUGGAAACUUGCUUCAGUAGUCAUAAUGGAUGAGUUGAUUUCUUGCAUGCACAAAGCUCCAAAUGACAUUAGACGGGAUUUGGAAAGAGAGUAUGGAUUGAGCCUCAACUACCAACAAGCAUAUAGGGCGAAAGAGAAAGCAUUGGCAAAAAUUCAUGGUUGUCCGCAGGAGUCUUAUAUGCUAAUCCCUUGGAUAUGUGAAAGGCUAAAAGAAAGUGAUCCAGAAACGGUAGCAAAGUGGGUUGCAUCAUCAGAUAAUAGAUUUCAAGCCGUAUUUCUUGCAUAUGGUUGCUGUGUAGAAGGGUUUUUGAAAGGUGGUAGACCUAUAUUAUAUGUAGAUAGAUGCCACUUGAGUAGUCCGUACAAAGGUACGUUAUUGAGAGCACAAGUGUAUGACAUGGAUAAUGAAUUAUUCCCACUUGCAUAUGUGAUUAUUGGAGGUGAGACGCUUGAUGAUUGUGCAUGGUUUCUUGGUAACAUAAAGGAUAUUACGGGAUCAUUAGAAGUGACAAUAGUAUCAGAUAGACACAACUCAAUAAAAGGUGCAGUGCAAGCCGUGUUUAGAAGAGAUCGACAUGCUUUUUGCUACCCUUAUGUGAAGGAGAAUUACAGUGCUAAGUUCUUAAAGAUAACCAGGGGAAAGAGGAGGACCAGACAAAGGAAGUUGCACUAA